AUGUCUUGGACUGGGAUAAAGAAAGCUAUAAAUAGAGCUGGUACUCAAGUUUUACUUAAAACAGGUCAAAUGGAUCAGACUGUUGAUAAAGAAUUUGAAUUUGAAGAGAAAAGAUAUCGUAAUAUGGAAACCACUUCAAAUAAAUUACAAAAGGAAUUAAGACAUUAUUUAGAAUCAUUAAGAAUUUUAACUAAUAGUCAAGUUAAUAUUGGAGAAAGUUUAAGUACAUAUUAUGGAAUACUACCUUCUCAAAAAUUUAAUUCAUUAUCUCAACAAUAUUAUUCUGUGAUGAAGAGUUUAAGUGAUAAAUGUCUUUCAGAAUUAGAGUAUCCUUAUAAUCAAACCGUUUUAAAUCCUAUAUCGAGAUUCAAUUCUUAUUAUAUCGAAAUCAAUGAAGCUAUUAAGAAACGAGCUAAUAAACAAUUAGAUUAUGAUGCUAUGAAGAAUAAAGUUAAGAAAUUAAUUGAAAAACCUCCUACCAAUGGUGAGUAUGAAACCAAAUUAAGUAAUUAUCAAGAACAAUUGGUUGAUUUAGAAAAGACUUAUGAAACAUUAAAUCAACAAUUAAAAACGGAAAUACCCAAAUUAAUUAAUUUAAGAAUUCCAUUUUUAGAUCCAUCAUUUGAAGCAUUUGUGAAGAUUCAAUUAAGAUUCUUUAAUGAAAAUUAUCAACAAUUAAAUAGUCUACAAGCUAAAUUAGAUGCUAAAACCAGAGAAGAUUAUAUUCAUGGUCGUCUUGAUAAAAGAUUGGAUGAUAUUUUAGGGAAAAUGAGAGAACUAAAUAUUACUGGUUAA